AUGGUUCAUAAUGGGAUUGAAUAUGGUGAUAUGCAGCUGAUUUCUGAGGCUUACGAUGUGUUGAAGAACGUUGGUGGAUUGAGUAAUGAUGAGCUUGCGGAUAUCUUUACUGAGUGGAAUCGAGGUGAGCUUGAGAGUUUCUUAGUUGAGAUUACUUCGGAUAUAUUUAGGGUUAAGGAUGAUUAUGGUGAUGGAGAGUUAGUGGAUAAGAUUUUGGAUAAGACUGGUAUGAAAGGUACUGGUAAAUGGACAGUUCAGCAGGCGGCUGAGCUUUCUGUUGCGGCGCCCACUAUUGCUGCGUCGUUGGAUUGUAGGUACUUGAGUGGAUUGAAGGAUGAGAGGGAAAAUGCUGCGAAAGUGUUGGAAGAAGCUGGAUUGAAAGAGGAUAUCGGUUCUGCGUCUCGUGGAGUUGAUAAGAAGAGGUUGAUUGAUGAUGUGAGGCAAGCUUUGUAUGCUUCGAAGAUCUGUAGUUAUGCCCAAGGGAUGAAUUUGCUUAGGGCUAAGAGUUUAGAGAAAGGUUGGGAUUUGAAUUUGGGUGAAAUGGCUAGGAUCUGGAAAGGUGGGUGUAUUAUCAGGGCGGUUUUCUUGGACAGGAUCAAGAAAGCUUACCAGAGAAACCCGAAUUUGGCAAGCUUAGUGGUUGAUCCUGAUUUUGCAAAAGAGAUGGUUCAGAGGCAAGUUGCGUGGAGGAGAGUGGUGGGUUUAGCCAUCUCUGCUGGGAUAAGCACACCAGGAAUGUGCUCAAGUUUAGCCUACUUUGACACUUACAGACGCGCCAGAUUACCUGCGAAUCUGGUUCAGGCGCAGAGAGAUCUCUUUGGAGCUCAUACAUAUGAGAGAACCGAUCGUCCUGGUGCGUACCACACUGAAUGGACUAAUCUUGCAAGGAAGAGUCAAUAG